GACAGCAGCAGGACUCUAAAGAGCUGACAAAAGUCACCAAAAGAUCUGCGGAAACCCGCUCGCUCAGACAAUCACCAUCCAUCACUGGAGCCGAAGAAUAAAUUGAAGAUAUUGUGGUGCUCUUCGGUGGCCUGACGCCCAUGAGAAGAAGACCUAUCAGCUCUAAUCUUCGAAGGAUUUCAUAACUAACCCAUUUAGACCCUCUGAAAAUGAAGGCAUUCAGCAUUGCAGUUGCAGUGACACUCGUGCUCGCCUUUAUUUGCAUUCUGGAGAGCUCUGCCGUCCCAUUCACUGGGGUGCAAGAGCUGGAGGAGGCAGCAGGCAAUGACACUCCAGUUGCAGCAUAUCAAGAAAUGUCAAUGGAAUCGAGGAUGAUGCCAGAUCACGUCAGGCAGAAGCGCCAGAGCCACCUCUCCUUGUGUCGCUGGUGCUGCAACUGCUGCAAGAGCUACAAGGGCUGCGGCUUCUGCUGCAAAACCUGAAGAUUCCUGCAACAACCGCAAAAUAUUAAUUUAUUCCGCUUUUUUUGUUUUUUUUGUUUUUGGUCUUACCCCAAGAAUUGACCUUUUCUCGACCUCUCUCCCAAAUGCAAUCCCUGUGCUACACUGUUUUGUUUUUAUGAUUCAUAGAGAAGCACUGUGUAGGGGGGUGAAGCUUAUUCCUUAUAUUUAUUUUGUAAGUUUUAAUACUUUCACCCUGUAAGUUCUUUUUGUAAGCUCAAUGGUAUGUAAAUUAGUUCCUAAAAAUAUUCCAGAUGUGAAGGUUUCUUCAUCUAAAUUAAGUCUAACAAGUUAAUAUUUGGUGAUGAAUAAAUAAUGAACAUUUGAAGCAAGUGCAAAAA